GGUUGAUCAAUGUAAAAUAGUGAUUUUGGAGCAGGAAACCCUGCGCUUCGAGGAUUAUGGUAAUCCAUCCGAGAGCUGGCACAAGUCUACAUUGAGACAGCUUGCUGUUAUUGCCCAAGUGCCCUAGAUUUAGGUACGAUACCUACAGGUACAGGUAACCGGCAUUUCGCAUCCAGCCUGAGAUCCAAUUCAUCUACAGAGGGUUUUAAUUGCCCCCACCUUUUACCCAGCAAGGCGCGUCGCACGCCCUGGGCUAGACGCGUUUUAACCUCCCGCAAACCGUUCCGUGACAUCACGUCCAAGUCAGCGGGUUGCAUGCGGCCUUUCCAUUAAUCAACAUACUCGCCCGACCUGCCAACAAAUCGAGACCCAUAUACCGGAAAGAAGUGGCGAUUCGUACUAAUACUAAACCCAAGCGGACCCAGCAAAGAUGGGGAUUAAAGGCCUGUUCCAGAUCAUCAAGGAGGAAGCUCCAGAUGCCAUCAAGGAAGGGGAAAUCAAGAAUCAAUUCGGCCGCAAGGUUGCAAUUGAUGCAUCCAUGAGCAUCUACAGCUUCCUCAUCGCCGUGCGUUCCGAUGGCCAGCAGCUAAUGAACGAGAGCGGCGAGACAACCUCGCAUCUGAUGGGCAUGUUCUACCGCACCCUCCGCAUGGUCGACAAUGGAAUCAAACCGCUCUACGUCUUCGAUGGCGCACCGCCGAAACUUAAGUCCGGCGAACUGGCCCGGCGGUUCCAAAGGAAACAAGAGGCGAACGAGGGACUCGAAGAGGCAAAGGAGACAGGAACGGCGGAGGACGUGGAAAAGUUCUCGCGCAGAACCGUGCGCGUUACAAAAGAACACAACGCUGAAUGCCAACGGCUGCUGAAGCUGAUGGGCAUCCCCUACAUCGUUGCGCCUACCGAGGCUGAGGCGCAGUGCGCCGUGCUAGCGCGCGCGGGCAAGGUCUACGCUGCCGCCAGCGAGGAUAUGGAUACGCUCUGCUUCGACACACCCAUCCUCUUGCGCCAUCUCACAUUCAGCGAACAGCGCAAGGAACCCAUCCAGGAGGUCUUCCUCAGCAAGGUGCUGGAAGGUCUGAACAUGGAGCGGAAACAGUUUGUCGAUCUCUGUAUCCUGUUGGGUUGCGAUUAUCUUGAUCCGAUCCCCAAGGUCGGCCCCUCGACAGCGCUGAAGCUGAUCCGGGAGCACGGCACGCUCGAGAAGGUAGUCGAGUUCAUGAAGAACGACCCGAAAGGCCGUUACACCAUCCCGGACGACUGGCCGUUCGAGGACGCACGAGAUCUCUUCUUCUCGCCCGACGUGCGACAGGCCGACGACCCGCUGUGCGACUUCAAGUGGGAUAAGCCCGACAUCGAUGGGCUUAUCCAGUUCCUGGUCAACGAGAAGGGCUUCUCAGAGGACCGGGUGCGCGCCGGCGGUGCGCGCCUCGAGAAGAACCUCAAGAGCUCGCAGCAAUCGCGGAUCGAGGGGUUCUUCAAGGUGCUGCCUAAGUCGGAGGAAGAGAAGGCUGCCCACAAGCGCAAGCUGGAGGAGCAGCACGAAGCGAAGAAGAAGAAGCUUAAGGAGGAGAAGAAAGAGAAGGCAAAGCAAAAGGCGAAGCCGCGCGGGACUGCUUGAGGGUGAAAGGUUGCUCGCACGUCACGGCGUAGCAAUCUCCCGGAAGAACUGGCUUCUAUCCAUCUAAUAUGGUACAAGAGGCUCAUCUUGCUUCCUUUUUGGUUUGCACAGACAGGGGACAUAA